CUGCUGCAACCCAAUUCACACCCUAAAAGUUCGACUGACAGCACGCGACUUGGCGAUAGUUAGCUGCUCAAUUGAUCCUUCCAGCCAUUCAUACCCCAUCAUGCAAGUUCUCCUCCUGGGUGGUCACGGUAAAGUGGCCCUUCAUUUGACCCCGCUUCUCCUCGCCCGCUCCUGGAACGUCACCAGCGUUAUCCGCAAUCCAGAACACGAGAGCGAGAUCCUUGCCCUUGGUAAAGGCUCCAGAGGCAAGCUCAACGUCCUCCUCUCCAGCUUGGACGAUGUGAAAAGCGAGGGGGAUGCUAAGAAAGUCCUUGAUGCCGUCGACCCGGACUACGUAGUUUGGUCUGCAGGCGCCGGCGGCAAAGGCGGUCCUGCUCGCACCCAUGCUAUCGACGAAAUCGCCGCCAAACACUUCCUCUCGGCCUCCUUCUCCCGUCCCCGAGUGACCAAAUUCCUCCUUGUAUCCUGGAUCGGCAGCCGACGCAACCAGCCUACCUGGCUCUCGAACGACGACUGGUCCGCCCUCCAGAACGUGUUCACCAAUGUCCUCCCCGCCUACGCCAAAGCCAAGCUCGAAGCUGACGAGUACAUGACCGCGCUGGCCGCACAACGCAAAAGGCUUGUUGCCGAGGGAGCCGCGCAGCCCCUGCAGGCGAUCAAUCUACGACCUGGAACGUUGACCGAUACCCCCGCGACGCGCAAGGUCGAUCUUGGUAAGACGAGGAAAGGCGUGGACAAGGUCACCCGGGAGGACGUGGCAAUCGUGGCGGAUCUGCUAUUGGCGCGGGACGACACAGAUGGCUGGUAUGACCUUCUGAAUGGGGACGAGGAUGUACAAGACGCCGUGGAAAGAGUGGUGAGGGAGAAGGUUGACGCGCUAGAAGGUGAGGAUGUAGAGGCUAUGGUGAAGAGGUUUGGCCUGUAAUUGUGCUCGCCUCGCUUUGCCAGUCGUCGAUAUUCCGAAGGUACGCGUUAGGCAGAGUUAAACAAUGAAGUUGAACUCUUUCCUCCCGAUGAAAACUUGGGAAAUGAACAAUCAUGGAUGCAAUACCUACAAAGAUAUACCCAGGACAUGGGACAUUCGGCACAUCAUGAAUUAUCUAAGAAAUGUGUAAAUAUCAACG